CCCCUUCCUCCGGCCGCGGAGAAGGGCAUGGAGUUCGCGGGAGCCUAUAAAAGCCCCUGAGAGCCCGCCGAAGCCAAGGCGUUGAGAUAGCCGACGGAGCCGGGUGGGUGCACCAUGUCCCAUCACUGGGGGUACGACAGCCACAACGGACCCGCGCACUGGCACGAGCACUUUCCCAUCGCCAAUGGGGAGCGCCAGUCGCCCAUCGCCAUCAGCACCAAGGCCGCCCGCUACGACCCAGCGCUGAAGCCCCUCAACUUCAGCUACGAUGCCGGCACGGCCAAAGCCAUCGUCAACAACGGGCACUCCUUCAACGUGGAGUUCGACGACUCCUCUGACAAGUCAGUGCUGCAAGGAGGAGCACUGGAUGGAAUCUACAGGUUGGUGCAGUUUCACAUUCACUGGGGCUCCUGUGAGGGCCAGGGCUCUGAGCACACUGUGGAUGGCGUGAAGUAUGAUGCUGAGCUUCAUAUUGUUCACUGGAAUGUAAAAUAUGGCAAAUUUGCUGAAGCUGUGAAGCAUCCUGAUGGUUUGGCUGUGGUAGGCAUCCUCAUGAAGGUAGGGAAUGCCAAACCUGAAAUACAGAAAGUUGUUGAUGCUCUGAACUCCAUUCAAACCAAGGGGAAACAAGCUUCUUUCACAAACUUUGACCCUACUGGACUGCUGCCUGCAUGCAGAGACUAUUGGACAUACCCUGGCUCCCUGACCACUCCACCACUGAAUGAAUGUGUGAUCUGGCAUGUUCUGAAGGAGCCCAUCACUGUCAGCUCUGAGCAGAUGUGCAAACUCCGUGGCCUUUGCUUCAGUGCUGAGAAUGAGCCGGUGUGCCGCAUGGUGGACAACUGGCGCCCAUGCCAGCCUCUGAAGAGCAGGGAAGUCAGAGCUUCCUUCCAGUAACCUCAGCGAUGUGUGUGAUAGAAACUGCUGUUUAUGUGAGGAACCCUUUUUGCUAAGCACAAAUCAAACCUUUGCCAUGUGUGUCCUGGCAACAUCUUGUCUCCCAUAUUCGCUCUCUCUUUCAUUCUAUAUCUAAAAUGCCAGCUAAUGAAAUGUGAAAGGCUCUUGGCCAAACAGGAAGGGGUUCUUAAUGUGUGGAGCUGAGGGGGGGCUGUGUGCAUUUUGAUGACUUGCUGUGACUGACAUUUUGUUGUGACAAACAAUAUAUUGGCUGUUUGGGAGAGCAUAUGGUGAUAGCAAAAUAAGCCAUUCUAAGAAACCUCAUCCACUGGUGUGAUAGUACAUAUAACUAAUGAUAACUUGAAGCUUUGUCAAAAGCACAGGAAUACAAAAUAUAGGUAUAGUAUAGGAAAAAAAAAAAAGUAUAUUGAGAAGGAAAAGUAAAAUUGAAUACUGAGAAUUAGUCUUAGCUGUUAAGAAACUGACAUGUAAAUAUUUUGAAGACCAUUUUACAUUUUUACCCAUACUGUCAACAACCUUCAUGGUAGUGUGUUGGAUUUUUUUAAUUAAAAAUGUUCUAAAUUAAAUAUUAUCUUUUAAAAUUGUUACCACAGAGUACAAAGUAUCUUUUCACUGAAAUAAUAUAUGCUCUAAUUUAAGGGGGAAAUAAAAUUGUAUUUUAGAUAACUUCUCUAAUAAAUCUAUACUUAUAUUUUUGCUUCCAAGUUGUUGUUUAAUUCAGGGAAAUAGUUGCUACUCUGUUCACAUCAUUGCAUACUAAGCAAUAGUAAUAAAUAGUUAGCAUAUAAGGAGCGAGUAUUAAUGACACUGGAGAUUAAUGCAAAAUGAUACAAUGUAUUAGAAGAAAAUUUCUUAAGUUGCUCUCUGCUAGACUGCAGAAGAAAGAAUUAGUUCUGAGCGAUCCUUGCAAAUUGUCACUGAAGUUAAUUGCAUAAUAAAAGAUCCCCUUGCAAGAA